AUGUUAGACACUGGAGCCACGAAUUCUAUUAUCACCGAACAAGCUCUUCGGACAACGAAACACAAGAAAUUUUACGCAAAAUCUCCCUAUCUUUUAUAUCAAGCGGACGGCCAUUCUCCACUAAAAACAAUUGGUGUAAUAGAACUCGAAAUCAAAAUUAAUUCAGUCAUCACCACCAUAUUAGCACAUGUUGUAAAAGAUUUAUCAGUUAACUGUUUACUCGGCAUGGACUACAUCAACAAAUAUAAACUUGAUAUUAGUGCAUACACACAAACAGUUAUCGUCAGAACAGAUAAAACAUCAAUAUCUAUUAAUAUCGAUCCAAAUCCAGAAAAUCUAUCCCUGCCAGUAAAAUUAAUCAAUCCAAUCCGUAUCCCUCCCUAUCAACAUAUAUUAGCAAAGGUAUCAGCUGGUAUUUCAUCGGCUUCGGUACUAUUUCGUCCAUCGUUUAAUUUUAAUCAGCGAUUACCCCUUCUCAUGACAAAUUCCGUGCUAAACGUUCAAAAGCAUUCAACGAAAGUUUCUAUUUAUAAUCCAACAAAUUACCCAUAUUACAUACCAGAAGGAGUUAUACUUGGCACAAUUAAAUUUCAAUCACCUGAACAGAAACAAAUUUCUCAUUCUCCUCAUGUUAAUAUAAUUGUAAAUCAACCAUGUGCGCGAGAUAAUAUUGAAGAACUUAUAAACAUAUUGAAGAUCCUCAACAGUAUUUAG